AUGACACAAUACAUGGGCGGUUAUGACCUCACUGAUAUGGAAGGGAGCUCUGUUACCGGGCUGGGGGAGCAGGAAGGGAGCUCUGUCACUGAUCUGGGGAAGCAGGAAGGGAGCUCUGUUAUCAUCUGGGGGAGUAGGAAGGGAGCUCUGUCACUGAGCUGGGGGAGCAGGAAGGGAGCUCUGUCACUGAUCUGGGGGAGUAGGUCUAUGGCCGAAGUGAUGUCGGAGCUCCCUGGGAAGAGGAAGGAGCCGGCGGAUAGGGUCCCCCAGGGCCCAGGGAAGCGGAGGAGGAAGGCUCGGGGAGCUGGCGAGCGCUGUGUGCCGCCCCCAGUGAAGCGCAGAGCCGGGGUUAGUUUUGGUGAUGAUCACUUCGCGGAGGCCGAAUCAUACCUGGAGGGUGGCCUGCGCAAAGUCCGUCCCUAUUACUUCGACUUUGAGACCUACUGCAAGGGCCGGUGGGUAGGUAGGACACUGCUGGAUGUGUUCAGCACCGAGUUCCGAGCCGAGCCCCUGGAAUACUACCAGCAGGCAGCCCAGGCUGGGAGACUCCGUCUCAACGAGGAGACCAUUCGGGACCUGAACAUUGUGCUCAAGAAUAAUGAUUUUCUCAGGAACACAGUGCAUCGCCACGAACCACCUGUAACAGCACAGCCUCUGCGUAUUCUGGCUGAGGAUGAUGAGAUGAUAGUGGUGGACAAACCGUCUUCGCUACCAGUCCAUCCCUGCGGUCGCUUCCGCCACAACACAGUUAUUUUUAUUCUGGGAAAAGAGCACAACCUCAAAGAACUCCACACCAUCCAUCGCUUAGACCGCAUGACGUCUGGUGUGCUCAUGUUUGCCAAGACCUUAGAAGUGUCCAAGAAGAUUGAUGAGCAAGUCCGAGAACGCCAGCUGGAGAAGGAGUAUGUGUGCAGAGUGUGUGGACAGUUUCCGGAAGAAGAGUUGACGUGUGAGGAACCCAUCCUGGUUGUCUCCUACAAGAUUGGCGUAUGUCGUGUGGAUUCAAAAGGCAAAUCUUGCAAAACCGUCUUUCAGAGACUUGGUUAUAAUGGCAAAUCCAGCGUGGUAAAGUGCUUUCCGCACACUGGCCGAACACACCAAAUCAGGGUCCACUUGCAGUAUCUUGGACAUCCUAUUGUCAAUGAUCCAGUAUAUAACGCGGAAUCGUGGGGGCCGACCCGUGGUAAAGAUGGUAUAGUCAAUAAAAGUGAUGAGGAGCUCCUCCGGUCACUGGUGGAAGAACAUAAAUCUAAGCAGAGUAUUGACGUUUUGGAUAUAACAGAAGACGAUCUCCAACUAGCUUUCCAAAACAAAACUGUGGAGGGCUCGUUGUCAUCUGCAGACGAUGGAUCAAGGGAAGAGUUCCAGACUGUGAGUAACUCUACAGACACAGAGGCUCCAGCUUCAUCUCAAACAGUGGCCACCCCAAGCAUAAUUACAGAAUUAGAUAGUGGACAUUUUACCUGUAAUAAUGGCAAAGCAAACCAACUAGGAUUAAGAGACCCAUUGUGUGGCGAGUGCAAGCUUGUAAGACCAGACCCUUCUCCCAAAGAUCUAGUUAUGUAUCUUCAUGCUUUGCGAUACAAGGGAAGCGACUUUGACUUUUCCACUGAAAUGCCAGACUGGGCACACGAGGACUGGCAGAUUGACUGAUAUGUGGUACCUGCAACCGUCACAAGUUCCGUUUUUCAUUUGACCUUACAACAGAAUAUGUCCUUAUCCAGCGAGAGACUAGUAGUUCCAUAGAAAUCUCUAUUUAAAGUGAGAUUGUGUGUAAUUUCUUACUAAUAUUUUAUUAAAUCUUUGUAAA